AGUUCUUGCAGUAUGUCUGGUCGCGGCAAAGGCGGGAAGGGCCUGGGCAAGGGAGGCGCCAAGCGCCACCGCAAGGUCCUGCGCGACAACAUCCAGGGCAUCACCAAGCCCGCCAUCCGCCGCCUGGCCCGGCGCGGGGGAGUCAAGCGCAUCUCCGGCCUCAUCUACGAGGAGACCCGCGGGGUGCUCAAGGUCUUCCUGGAGAACGUGAUCCGCGACGCCGUCACCUACACGGAGCACGCCAAGCGCAAGACCGUCACCGCCAUGGACGUGGUCUACGCGCUCAAGCGCCAGGGACGCACGCUCUACGGCUUCGGCGGCUGAGUUGCUCUGCUCCCGCGUCCUGUCCCGCAAAAUCAAAGGCCCUUUUCAGGGCCGCCCACC